AUGAUUUUUACGAAAUUUUCCUUUAUUCUGCUAGUUUUCUGUUUUUUGAUCGUUCAUGAAUGUCGACGUGACGCGAAUCAACGAUUUAAGGCGUGUUGCGCUCGGCAGAAAAACGCGGACAAAGACUGCAAACGGAAAUUCUGUGAUUUUCACGCGAUCAGCCAACACAAUGUACUCCAUUAUUUGAACACUUGUUCACCCCGGGGUGACACGGUUCAAUCCAUGUGGGAUUGUGCUUCGAGUCGAGUCGAUCACACCGAGUGCUGCAAGAGAAGAAAUGUCGUCCCAGCGUGUAUGGCUUACUGUAACACGACUUAUGGAGUCCCGUCAGACUACAUGAAUUAUUUGUUCUGCUUGCAGAAUUUCAACGACAUUCGCGAUUGUUUCUGGGGAUAUUUGGAGAAAAACCCGAAUAUUUAUGGAGAUUCU